AGGCCGGCCCAUAAGUUGGUGUAUAUAUACAGUUCAAAGUAAAAAAGAAACCCUAAGCUAAAGGUAGAUAUCGAAAAUUUAAAGGUAAAGAAGGAGAGGAUGUCGAGGAACCACAAGGCGGCGCCUGAGUAUGCAAAUUCUAAAACUGCGGUGUGGUGGGACAUGGACACGUGUCCGGUUCCAGAUGGUUAUGAUGCCGGUCGGGUCCGUCCGAGUAUAGAAGGGGCGUUGAAGGAGUUGGGAUACAAUGGUCCUGUAACCAUCACUGCCAUGGGAAACCUGAAGGAAGCACCUCCCCACCUCCUGCAAAGGCUCUCUUCCACUGGAAUCCUUGUUUAACACGCCAUCCCCGGUAAUAGUUUUACUUUAAUUAAUCCUCUUGGAAUAUUUUUAAUUUUUUUUUUUCAAACUUGUCCCUUGCGGUGCUUUCACAGAUUGGGUAGCUACACUAAUCUUCAGUGAUGUGAUGGAAUUCAAAAGAAAUAAUCCACCACCAGCUACAAUAAUGCUCGUAUCCGAUAAGGUGGACAGGGAAUUGUCUUUCCGUCUUUGCCGGAAUCAACAAAUUCAAAGGGGAUACAACCUUGUUCGGGCACGUUCAUUUCUUGGGAAUCCGUCACGUCUGUACCAUACUGCUGAUUGGCGCUGGAAAACCAUACUGGAGGCGGCGGCAGAUUCAGUGUCUCAGGACACAACAACAACAAGUUCUGUUCUUCAGAAAUGCAGUUCGUCGGUCGAUUCCUCUGCCUUGUCGUCUUUUGUUUGCAGAGCAUGCAAAUUUACUGGCCUAAGCGUUGCAAGUUUCACCAGUCAUCUCUCCACUGAAGAACAUGAACAGACUAAGAUGGAGAAAUUUAGUGUGCCAGACUUCUUACCUUUCUUUACGACCAAGAUGAACGACCAAGCGGCGCCUGAGUAUGUGAAUUCUAAAACGGCUGUGUGGUGGGACAUGGACACCUGUCCAGUGCCUGAUGGUUAUGAUGCUCGCAGGGUCCGUCCAAGUAUACAAGGUGCCUUGAAGGAUUUGGGAUACUGUGGUCCUGUAACCAUCACUGCCAUGGGCAACUUGGAAAAUGCACAUCCUCACCUCCUCCAAGCCCUCUCUUCCACUGGAAUCCUUGUUCAACACACCAAGAGGGGGGGUACCCUCAUAUAUUUAUAGUGGUUUGACGACUUCCACAUGGCUUGAUCAUCCACCACCAGCUACAAUAAUGGUCAUAUCUGAUGAAGUGGAAAAAUUCUCUCUCUUCCUUUCUCGGGCUCAACAACAACAAUGGAGUUACUACAACCUUGUUCUGGCACGUACAUAUACUCCUCAGAGUAUGUCACAACUGUACCAUACUGCAGAGUGGCUCUGGCAAACCCUACUGGCUAGGUCUCACGAGACAACAAGUUGUGUUCUUCGCAAGUGCACUGCUUCGGGUGCCUCUUCCUCCUCGUCGUUUCUUUGCCAAACAUGCCACUUUACUGCCCUAAGCGUUUCAGAUUUCUUCAGCCAUCUCUCCUCUGAAGAACAUAAACGAAAGGAGAUUCUUAUUAUCAAGCCUAUUCCCCACGACGACGACGAGGACAGUGACGAGGAAUCAAUGGCAAAGGCAAGUUUUAAAAGAUGAAAAUCUGUUUUCACAGUCCAAAAAAAAAUAUAAGGGAUUCUUUUUCCCGAGGAAAAAAGAGAUGGGACUACCUCAAGACCACGGAUAAUCUUGCCCAAGGACUCGUUUGAAGUAAUUUUUAAUUGGUUUGUAAUGGGUAGUAUUUGCAUUUUUAUUGUAAAUCCGAUCAGAUUGGAUUCUAGUGAACCGUUUUGGAUCAAGCCAAAUAAGUUUAAGAUAUCGGUUUGGCAAAACCUGUGAGUUUGCUCUAAUAGGAAAGCGGUCUCUUUUUGAGAUUUUAGUAAACACUAGCCGAUUUGAUUCAGCUAGAUAACCGAAUGAUUUUGGUUCGGUUUGUUCGGCUUAAUUGAUUUUACGA